AUGUCGGUAAGAGAUAAGUGGGUUCGCCGGUUUUCUAUCGAUGAAACGGCAAAACAUAAAAACGGUUUCACUAUAUACAAGAUAACGUCGGUUCUCUUUCCACUAGAUUCUCCAGAAGCCGUAACAGUGGUAUCAGUAUGGAAACGAUACAGCGAUGUACAACAAUUACACAAGUCUAUGAAAUCUUUACAUACUGGCUUACAUUUAAAAGGAUCAUUCCCACAACUGGCUAAGAAUAGCUUCUUUAAGAGGUUCUCUCCAGAGGUGAUUGAAGAGAGAUCAAAGACAAUAAAAGCACUCCUAGAGUUUGUCGCGGAACAUAGGCUAUUGUUUACAAGCACAGAUUUCGUGAAUUUUCUACAGACCGGCUACCCAGAGCCCGACCAAAAACCUUCAGGACUUAUAAACACAAUACGAUCGUCUCUACACCUGCCUAUAGAAGAAACACCCCCGUUAGAAUAUCAGAACUCUGAUGAUGAAGGGAGAAAUCCAGCACACUCUUUUUUUUCAGCACAACAUCAAACCACAAGCCCAGACAUCGACAUAUCACAAAUACCAAUACACGAACCUACAGACGUCGAAAUAAAGGAAUCACCAAAAACGAGUACAAAAUUAUCAGAAUCAGACAGUUUCGAAACCAUAAAUUCGAUAGAAAGCCUAGACAGCGACCUCUAUGAAGAACUAAGUAAAAUAAACAUAGACAGAAAAGUCCCGAGCGUAAAGAGAAAUGUGUUGCCAGAUUUAAUUAAUUUCGACGCACCGUCUACUUCAAAGUUUGAGGACUACCACACCAUGCCGAAAAAUAAAGAUAUAGAAAGUAUUUCUAUCAGUUCAACAGUUGUAAGUAAAAGUGUUCCAUCUCUCUCUAUGUCUAAAAGUGUAAGUGAGACAGAAGAUAGUUAUGUGUUUGCCGCUGGCUAUGCUCUGAAUUUGGCUGUGAGUUGUGAACAGAAAGGUGAUUACCGAGGGGCGUUCGAUUGUUACAAGUUGGCCAUUGAGAAAAUGUUGAUUGGCGUACGGACGGACACAGAUCAACAAAGAAAGAUGUUGGUAAAGGAGAAAAUAAACAAAUACUUAUCGUACGCAGAGGCGAUAUACAAGACUCAUCUUUGCAAUGUUGAUCUGAGUGUUAUCCAAAAAAUACCAUGCAACCUCACAGAAUUCGACGACUAUUUCCAUCAAAGGGCGGACGAAACCAGGCAACCGAUAUUACCUACAGUUAUCCCUUACAUGGUCCCCUUACAAGCGUAUGUGGAAACUGACGACUUAAUAUUUCUCAUACUUUCAUACGCACCUGGGGAGAGGCUGUUCGACUACGUAAAAAACUACAAACAAACUAUACCGGACAGACAAUUUAACUUGGAAAAUAUUUUCACGGAACCGAUAAAAAACAUCGACAUACAGAACGAUAAUGUCGGACCGACUACCGAUAUUUCACUCGAUAAUAAAAUCGAAGGCGACGAUGUCAAUGAGAAUUUGAAGUCGAUCGAUGUCGUGGAUAAUGUUGCUAAUGUUGAUUUAUCGGUCAACGAAUUGGUUAUAAAUUCUCAGAGGUUGUUAUUGAAUGUCGAUAGGGUUUUGACAGAAGUACCAAAUAUUAUUAAUAUUAGUGAGGAAGAGAGUGGGAGAGAAGUUAGAGAAGAGAAGAGAGAGAAAGUAGAAAAAGAGACUGGAAUUGUUGAGACACAGAGUACUGCGACUCAAGCGCGACCAGAAUUGCCCCCGUCAGCGUUUUGUCGCUGGGCAGCGGAAAUAUUGACUGCUUUAGAAAGUCUGCACAACUGUGGGAUUAUUUGGAGAGAUCUUCACCCUCGUAAUAUCCUGCUGGGGGCCCGCGGUCAAGUUCUGCUCACAUACUGUGCCGCUUAUACAGGUUCUGACGUCACACUUUCCAAACUGGAGAGAAGCGGUGAAAAGGAUUCUCUGUAUGUCGCCCCGGAAUUGUUCCAGUUGGGUCACGAUCAGCUCGACAGAGCUUGCGACUUUUGGUCCUUCGGAGCCACACUGUACGAACUUAUAUGUGGAUUUCCGCUGUCGCACCGCCACGGCCGCUUCACGCGCCACACGGAGCUGAGCCUGCCGCGCGCACUGCCGCUGGACGCGCGGGAGCUACUGGCGCAGCUCCUAACAUACGAUCCAUCAGAACGCCUCGGAUCCGGUAAAGAUGGUAUCGAUGAGAUAAAACAGCAUCCCUACUUCAGACAUAUCGACUGGCAAGAAGUGUACGACAGCUGGAUAGUUCCCGACUGAUUAAACUUUCACUGUAGUAUAGGUUUGCGAUAAAGAUUUUUAUGGUUAAAAUACUAAUGAUUCGACAUAAGAUUGUUUUAUAAAAUGUCUCCAAAGUAAGACCAAAAUGAA